AUGUGUGUGUCUCUAUUAUUACUAAUUGGAUCAGAUUCUUCUUCCUCUCUAAACAACAACAAAGAUAUUAUUUCUUCCUCUUUCUCUUCACCACUCACGUUUUAUCUCUCUCUUCAAACACUCAAGUUUUGAAACAACAUGACACGCUCCUCUAGAUUCCUUGGAACUGCGACGACGUCGCCGCCACCGCCACAGCCAGAAGAUGUUCUAGCCGCCGAAACCGACAUGGUUGUGAUCCUCUCAGCUCUUCUAUGCGCUCUCAUAUGCAUAGCCGGCUUAGGUGUAGCAGCUCGAUGCGCCUGGAUUCGCCGUCUCGCCGGCGUUGAAUCCUCCGCCGUUGGAGAAACUCCGCCGCCGAACAAAGGUCUCAAGAAAAAAGCGCUCCAGUCCCUCCCUAAGUCAACCUUCAUGACCGCGGCAGACUCGCCGAGCUCCUCCUCUGGAGAGGGAGAAUCAUCCACCGAGUGCGCCAUAUGCUUGACGGAGUUUUCAGAUGGAGAAGAGAUCAGGAUCUUGCCGCUCUGUAGCCACGCCUUCCACGUGGCGUGCAUAGACAAAUGGUUGACUUCUCGGUCCUCGUGCCCUUCUUGUCGUAGAAUUUUGGUUCCGGUGAAGUGUGAUCGGUGUGGACACCGCGCUUCCACGGCGGAGACUCAGGUCAAAGAUCAGCCUCCUCCUCAUCAACAUCCUUCACAGUUCAGUUCCACCAUUAUUCCUGCUUUUCUUCCGUAAUUUUUUUUUUUUUUUACUUUCUUUAUUUUAUAAUUUGUGAAAAAUAAUCGGUCAAUAAUUAAAGAGAAGUAAAGUAUUAAUUAACUAGAGAGGUCUUUUAGUUACUUCGAUUUUUAUCCUCUGUAAGACUGUAACGAUGUUCUGAAUCUGAACCAGUUAGAUUCAUAUUUACAAGUACGACAUGUUAAUUUC